CUCCUUUCCCUCUCUUUCACUCGCUUCCAAAACUGGCGCCACUCUCUCUGUCUUCUCAUUUUCUCAAACAAUCUAUCCCAAGUAGUACAACGUAUUCUACCUGCAAUUUAAUCGGCGGUUCGAUCCGAUUUGAAAGAGAAAAAACAAAGAAUAAGAGGAGAUGUCUCUAAGACCGAGCGCGAGGGCCGAGGUUCGAAGGAACAGGUACAAGGUGACGGUUGAUGCGGAGGAAGGUCGCCGGAGGAGAGAAGACAACAUGGUUGAGAUUCGAAAGAACAAGAGAGAAGAGAACCUUCUUAAGAAACGCCGCGAAGGACUUCUCGCUCAACAACAACCGCAGCAACAACAGUUGCUCUCUUCAACUGCCGAUUCCGAGAAAAAUUUAGAAAGUCUUCCGGCUAUGGUUGCUGGCCUUUGGUCAGAUGACAGGAAUGCCCAGCUUGAGGCGACCACUCAGUUCCAGAAGCUACUAUCAAUAGAUCAUGGUCCUCCAAUCAAUGAAGUUGUACAAUCAGGUGUUGUUCCUCGCUUUGUUGAGUUUCUUGCUAGGGAUGACUUCCCACAGCUUCAGUUUGAGGCAGCUUGGGCUCUCACGAAUAUUGCCGCAGGGAUGUCAGACAAUACCAAAGUUGUAAUUGAUCAUGGAGCUGUCCCUGUAUUUGUUAAACUUCUUGCAUCUCCAGCCGAUGAUGUACGCGAGCAGGUUGUUUGGGCCUUAGGAAAUGUUUCCGGAGACUCACCUAAAUGUCGCGACCUGGUCCUUGGUCAUGGUGCCUUGAUGCCACUGUUGGCACAAUUCAAUGAGCAUGCCAAGCUUUCUAUGUUGCGAAAUGCUACAUGGACUUUGUCAAACUUUUGCAGGGGCAAGCCACGGGCAUCAUUUGAGCAGACAAAGCCAGCUUUGCCCACUCUUGAGCGUCUUAUCCAUUUGAACGAUGAGGAAGUCCUUACAGAUGCAUGCUGGGCCCUGUCAUAUCUCUCAGAUGGUACUAAUGACAAAAUCCAAGCUGUUAUUGAAGCAGGUGUCUGCCCCCGACUCGUUCAGCUCUUGCUUCAUCCAUCCCCAACAGUCCUCAUUCCCGCGCUUCGCACAGUUGGAAAUAUUGUUACUGGGGAUGAUAUGCAGACUCAGUGUAUUAUAAACCACCAAGCUCUUCCAUGCCUUUUGAACCUGCUGACAAAUAACUACAAAAAGAGUAUCAAGAAGGAAGCUUGCUGGACCAUUUCAAACAUCACUGCUGGAAAUGCAAACCAGAUACAGGCUGUAAUUGACGCUGGCAUUAUUGCUCCUCUAGUCCAUCUACUUCAACACUCUGAGUUUGAGAUCAAGAAAGAAGCUGCUUGGGCAAUUUCAAAUGCUACAUCUGGCGGCAGCCACAAACAAAUAAAGUUCCUGGUGAGCGAAGGUUGCAUUACAUUGUGUGAUCUUCUAACCUGUCCUGACCCAAGAAUUAUCACUGUUUGUUUAGAGGGGCUUGAAAACAUUUUGAAGGUUGGUGAAGCUCAGAAAAAAUUGGGUCACACCGGAGAAUUCAAUGUCUAUGCUGACUUACUUAAUGAUGCUGGGGGGUUGGAAAAGAUUGAAAACCUCCAAAGUCAUGACAACAAUGAAAUCUAUGAGAAGGCAGUGAAGAUUCUUGAAACAUAUUGGGGGGAAGAUGAGGAUGAGCCACUACCCCCUGGUGAUGCUUCGCAAUCUGAUUUCCAUUUUGGAGGCAACCAACUUCCUGUUCCAUCUGGUGGAUUCAGUUUCAGUUGAAGGAGACCUGAUUGGAGUAGAAUGAAGCUCAGAUGGAGUGUCAUUCAGAAUUCACAGAUAGUUGAAGUGACGCCAAAGUAUGUUUUCAAGAAGCCAGAAAAUAAAGACAGGGUGUAUGAUACCACAGUUGAAGGUCUAGAAGCCAUACAAAACCUUCUUCUUCUUCUUUUGUAACAUUUCACAUGUGGUAGUUAAUUCUUUUCUGCAUCUUAAUAUUAUUAGAUGCAGGAAAGAGGCAUGCAGCACCAAUCCUCCCUUUUAUAUCCAUACCAAUUUAUGCUCCUGCAUAUGCGGCAAGGAUGUAUUAGCUUCCAUUAUAAAUGGUUAGUUUUAGAUAUGGCUUUUAUCAGAAAGGCGCACCAAUGUAGGUUGUGAAAGGGAAAUUUUUUCAUUUCCGGUAAUGUACAAGUCAAAAACCUGAAAGAUGCGCCGGAGUUUUAUGUACCGAAUGUUGAAUGAGUCCGGUGGCUCUAAAUAGAAUUUGAUUCCCAAAUAUUAUAUGUUUCAUGCA